AUGGUUUCUUUCAAGUCUCUCCUCCUUGCCGCCACGGCCGUGACCUCUGCUCUUGGUCGUCCUUUCGACUUUCUCGACCAGGACAACGGCAACUCGACCGAGGCUCUCGAAAGGCGCCAGAUCACCCCCAACAGUGAAGGCACCCACAACGGCUACUUUUACUCUUGGUGGUCCGAUGGUGGCGGCCAGGCUACCUACACCAUGCUCGAGGGCAGCCGUUACCAAUUCUUGAAGAUACAACACAAAGAGACAAAACUAACAUGUCGAAGCACCAUCAACUAUGGCGGUUCCUUCAACCCCCAGGGCAACGGAUACCUCGCCGUCUACGGCUGGACUCGCAACCCUCUCGUCGAGUACUACGUGAUCGAAUCCUACGGCACCUACAACCCCAGCAGCGGCGCCCAGUACAAGGGCAGCGUCCAGACCGACGGGGGCACCUAUAACAUUUAUGUUUCCACCCGCUACAACCAGCCCUCCAUCGACGGCACCAGGACUUUCCAGCAGUACUGGAGCGUACGCACCUCGAAGCGUGUCGGUGGCUCCGUCAACAUGCAAAACCACUUUAACGCCUGGGCCAGAUAUGGCAUGAACCUCGGCCAGCACUACUACCAGAUUGUCGCCACCGAGGGCUACCAGAGCAGCGGCAACUCUGACAUUUAUGUCCAGACACACUAG